UGCGCCUCGUGGUUCCUCGCAUUGUCAACAUACAAUGGAUACAAAGGCACGGCCCUAUCGAUUUAACAAACUCGACUACAUUUCGGAUUGAUUAUACAUUAUCCAUCGGCAUGUCAAUUAAAUCCGUUCGGUCUCUCCCAGAAAGCGAGGCUUCGAGUCGAGGAAAACCUGUUCCCCUCUCUCCAUCUCCCUUCCAUUCUUCCUCGAAGGCUUUCUCGAUUGCGCAAGCAAGGAGCCCAUUGCGAGUACUCCUCGAUACGCGCACCAAGAGUGCGUGCCGGAUUCUAAUCCACCCAAGUGCGAAAAGAAUUUCCUAAUAAACCGCUCAGUGUCCCCCUGGUGAUUUUCCCCAUUUCCCUCCUUUUUCAUCCGCCUUAGAAAGUGCGAAUCCCAUUGCGCGACGCAAUUUCCGUGGGACGUUUCUCAAUUAUUCAUCGAGCCGCAAUUACCUACAAAAUAUCCCGGUGGCCUCCGACAUCCGGGAAGUGACCCCGGGUGGUCUCAGAGUCCCAUCGGCCGAUGACGUUCCGGCUGGCUCUUAGCUCCACUUCUGUCAGGGCAAAAGCAAGGUCCUAGAGAAUCCUCCAUGGAGGGCAACCUCGUCGACGAGGAGACCGGGGAGAUCCUGGCGAAGCUAGAAGGUCCUGGGAACAACGCCGAGACAGGGGAACCAGAGGCUCCCAGCAUGACGGAGUUCGGUGCUCGUCGGCGGGUUCCUUUCCAGAUCCCCCGAGAGUUCAAGGAUGGCUUGGCCGGGAUGGAAGGCUCUUCGAGGACUCGGAGGCCCAGCGACGCCGACAUGGAGCCGGUCCCAGUGGGCACGUCCUUCGGGCAGAUCAACCCCGUCCUUCUCUUCCUCCCAGCCAUCGUCUAUUCCUGCUGGUUCCUCGUCCUCCUGACGAUCUUCGAGGUCGUCUGCCACGUCUGGGCCCACCACAAGAACAAGAUCCUAAAGGACGCCAACGUCUACUUCCGCUCGCCCUUCCACUCCAUCUCCUCGGAGUUCUGCGCCCUCUGCCAGAGCGAGAACUGCAUGAAUCGGGUCGAGAAGUUGCAAGAAAUCCGCAUGCAUAAAUUCCUGAGACAGUGUUACUACAUGAAGAGAGCCGUCACCUGAGCUAAUCGCGUAUAACAAGGUCU